AUGCCCGACAUAGAACUUUUACGGGAAGAAUGGAAGACCCUGUAUUCCGAGACUCUUCCCAAGCUGGCCAAAGCGCGAGAUCCAAGUCAGUUCAAGUGGCCCGUCACUCUUGACCAUUGUUUUGCGCGAAUCAUCCUCGACAAUGCGAUUGGUGACGGUCAGCAGCAAUGGGAUAAGAUAUUACCCAAGCCGGCGGUGAGAAACAUGGACGAGCAUCAACUGCAGAAAGCAAUCACCCUGGGCCUGAGGAUCUUGGCUGGGGAUGUCGACCUUUGUCAGUUGGAUGAGAUCAGCUUGAGGUGCAGAGGAAAGAACCGAGCGAAGUACAGCUUAACAACAACCAAACCAGCCCCACGGCAAGAGAGGCAGGAAACAUCAAGCACCGGCGCCCCCAAACGCGUUUUCGGAGAUGGGGAGGGAGCCAGUGUUCCAUCGCCUAGAAAGAAGCAAAAAACGGAACAAAAGCAGUCGACAUUGGACCUCUGGCAGCCCCAAGUUUCGCAAGUUAGACACGCUACAAGUGAGAAAAAAUCGGAAACGAACGCACAGAAGCCAGACGACGAGGAACUUAAACAGGUUCUCCGACGCGUUCGGUCACAUCCAUCACUAACCCCAUACCGUAAGAGACUUUAUACCGUCCUACUUUCAGUCCCGCGAGGGCGCUACACCACCUACGCUGCGAUAUCAGAGUACCUCAAGUCUUCUGCAAGAGCAGUGGGAAACGGCAUGCGCAACAAUCCCUUUGCUCCCGAGGUACCCUGCCACCGAGUCCUAGCAGCAGAUGGAAGUAUUGGCGGCUUCCAUGGUGACUGGGGUAAAGAUGGGAAGUAUGCGGCCAAAAAAAUUGAAUUGCUCCGAGGCGAAGGUGUUAGAUUUGACGGUCGAGGCAAGGUCUCUGGUGAGCCGUUUCGCAAAUUCCACGAUUUUCAAGAAGUCGCACUGGAGAGUCCUGUUUAA